AUGCAAUCGAUCGAUUUCACUUUAGUCGUCGGUAAUGAAUGUGAGCAUAUAUUAUCCAUUAUGCGUGUAAUAGACGAAUCCGAAGUUCAUCAUGUUACAUUAACAACUGUGUCUUGGAUACCCGACAAUACAUAUGUCUUCAUCAAUGAUGCAAUGCGACAACGACUUGAUCUAGGCUUGAGGAAAGCAUUACCAUUAGACAACUUUAGUUCUUCUAUGAGUGAUAUUGCUUUUCCUGAUCGUUCUUAUUCAACAUGUCAACCGAUUUUUUUUUCUCCUGACGCUUAUAAUGAUGUUACUUUAUCGUUUGCCACUCCUAUUCUGAUUCCUGAUUUGCCUGUUGAUAUUGUAAUAGGUACACAGCUUUUCAAGAACAGCAAGAAGAAAGAGCGAGAGAAGCGAAUCGAAAUGCAUAUCGAAAUCUUCUGCCAAAAAUUUCCAAAUUAUACAGUUAAGACGACUGUCGGCGAUAAAAAAAUACAUCAAUGGCUUGGUGAUCAAUGGGGUAUUCUAUUUUCUCAUCCAGCAGAUUACACACCGGUUUGUACCACUGAACUGGCGCGUGCGGCAAAACUUGCACCUGAAUUCGCUAAACGAAAUACAAAGCUCAUCGGUUUAUCCUGUGAUACAGUUGAACUUCAUCGCGAAUGGAUAAAAGAUAUUCAUGCAUAUGCAGGCAUCACGGAUCAAUGUUCUGAACAGUUUCCGUUUCCAAUUAUCGACGACAGUGAUCGCGCUUUAGCUACAAAGCUGGGCAUGAUCGAUCCAGUUGAAACCGAUAACGAAGGUAUAGCACUGACUGCUCGCUCUGUAUUUUAUAUUGGGCCAGACAAAAAAGUCAAGGCCAUGCUUUUGUAUCCGGCGACCAGUGGACGAAACUUCGACGAAAUCCUUCGACUCCUCGAUUCACUCCAACUAUCCGCCAAAUUUCCAAUUGCAACACCAGUCGACUGGAAGCCCGGCGAUGAAGUUAUGGUGCCACCGAACGUUAGUGAGAACACUAUAAAGGAGAAACUGCCCAACGGAAUUCAAGUCAAGUGUAAUCUUCCGAGCGGAAAGGGUUACAUUCGAACCACAACUCUACAAUAA